AUGGCACUUUCUUCUUCUUCUUUCUUCCCCCUAGUCUUCCUCUUUCUCAGCUCAUUGGCAAUUUCAGUCAAAUCGGAUGGUCCUAAAACUUUCAUAGUCCACGUGUCCAUAUCCCACAAGCCUCUUAUUUUCACUACUCACCAUCAUUGGUACUCCUCUAUUCUCCGAUCAGUCUCUCAACACUCUCCCAAUAUCUUGUAUUCUUAUGAUCGUGCUGCCCGUGGCUUCUCUGCCCGCCUUACAUCCGGGCAGGCUGACCAGCUCAGCCGCGUUCCCGGUGUGGUCUCCGUCAUCCCUGAUCGCGUACGCAGACUUCAUACCACUCACACACCUACCUUCUUAGGCCUUGAAGACUCAUUUGGGAUUUGGCCCAAUUCUGAUUAUGCUGAUAAUGUUAUUGUUGGGGUCCUUGACACGGGUAUUUGGCCAGAAAGGCCGAGCUUUUCCGACAAGGGGCUUUCACCGGUGCCUUCAGAUUGGAAAGGGAAAUGCGAGAGUGGCCCGGACUUUCCUGCAACUUCAUGUAAUCGUAAAAUCAUAGGUGCUAGAUUGUUUUACAAAGGAUAUGAAGCUGAUCGUGGAAGUCCAAUGGAUGAAUCUAAAGAAUCCAAAUCGCCAAGAGAUACUGAAGGCCAUGGAACUCACACUGCUUCAACUGCAGCUGGAUCUGUUGUAGCCAAUGCGAGCUUUUACCAAUAUGCAAAAGGUGAAGCUAGAGGUAUGGCCGUAAAAGCUAGAAUAGCAGCCUAUAAGAUCUGCUGGAAAACAGGGUGUUUUGAUUCUGAUAUACUGGCUGCAAUGGAUCAAGCUGUUGCGGACGGGGUUCACGUGAUUUCUCUCUCUGUUGGCGCAGAUGGUUAUUCUCCUGAGUAUGAUGUUGACUCCAUUGCUAUUGGAGCUUUUGGUGCCUCAGAACAUGGCGUUGUCGUCUCUUGCUCUGCUGGAAAUUCCGGUCCUGGUGCUUCUACGGCGGUCAACGUUGCCCCAUGGAUUCUCACUGUUGCUGCUUCAACCAUAGAUCGGGAGUUUCCAGCGGAUGUUAUCUUAGGAGACGGUAGAAUAUUUGGUGGUGUAUCCUUGUAUACCGGAGAUCCCCUUGGCAAUGCAAAACUACAGCUUGUUUAUUCCGCCGACUGUGGCAGCCAACUCUGUUAUCCAGGAAAGCUGGACCCUUCAAAAGUUGCUGGGAAAAUUGUAUUAUGUGAUCGAGGAGGCAAUGCCAGAGUAGAGAAAGGAAGUGCUGUGAAACAAGCAGGCGGUGCAGGUAUGGUCCUAGCAAACUUAGCUGACUCUGGAGAAGAACUCGUCGCCGAUGCACAUCUCCUCCCAGCGACCAUGGUGGGUCAAAAAGCUGGCGAUAAAAUCAGGGAUUACAUCAAAUCUGUUCCAUCACCAACAGCGACGAUCACUUUCAAGGGAACUGUUAUAGGACAAUCGUCGUCUGCUCCACGCAUUGCUGCGUUCUCUGGCAGAGGACCCAAUUAUGUGACCCCUGAGAUCCUUAAACCGGACGUUACUGCACCUGGAGUCAACAUAUUAGCUGGAUGGACCGGAGCUGUUGGUCCAACAGACUUGGAAAUCGACAAAAGAAGAGUGGAAUUCAACAUUAUAUCCGGGACAUCCAUGUCUUGUCCUCAUGUAAGUGGAUUAGCUGCGUUACUCAGAAAGGCUUAUCCUAAAUGGACCACAGCAGCCAUAAAAUUAGCCCUCAUGACAACAGCUUACAACGUUGACAACUCCGGCAAAACAAUCACGGAUCUUGCCACAGGUCAAGAAUCGAGUCCUUUCGUUCGUGGGUCGGGACAUGUGGAUCCAAACAGAGCACUGCAUCCGGGUCUGGUUUACGACAUUGAGUCGAGUGAUUACAUAGGUUUCCUAUGCGCCAUUGGUUAUGGCCCCUCCAGAAUCGCACCAUUCACGAAAGAUACUUCUUCAGUGAAUUGCAGUGAACAUAGUUUGGCUAGUCCAGGGGAUUUGAAUUAUCCAUCAUUCUCAGUUGUUUUCAUGAGUGAGAGUGUUGUGAAAUACAAGCGUGUGGUUAAAAAUGUUGGGCGGAAUGCAAAUGCUGUGUAUAAGGUAAAGGUAAAUGCACCUUCGUCCGUGGAGGUGAAGGUGACUCCGAGUAAGCUCAGUUUCAGUGAGGAAAAGAAUAGUUUGUCGUAUGAGAUCAGUUUUAGCACUGUUGGAUCGGAGAGAGUGAAGGGUCUUGAAUCAACAUUUGGAUCAAUUGAGUGGUCUGAUGGAAUCCACAGUGUGAGGAGUCCAAUUGCAGUGCAUUGGCUAUCCUCCUCUGCUGCUGCUUAACCUGUUCUAUGAUCAUGACUGUGCAACAGAAGGUAAUCCAUGAUGCUCCAAAGACCGACAUGAGGCCAAGUUCUGAAAGGAAAAAAGAAUUAUUGAAGGACCAUCUGCCUAUAGAAUUUCGUCAUUGUCCAGUUUUAUUGUUUCUGAAUGUUGGUAAGCCUGAUACAUUUGAUGAUUUGAAUGAAUCUUAUGAGGUAGAACGGUUGUGAUUCACCUACAU